UAGGGUGACAGACAACGUGGUGACUCAUCUGACAUCAGGAUGAGUCCUCUUUAUCUGCGCUUUUUGUCGGCCUCCAUCUGAUACUGGGAACGACCGUUUUAGCUGUGUGCGGGUUUUCAUUUCAUAGAAGACCCCCGGGCCGCAGUGGGACGCUGGUGAUUUAAAGGUCUGGUGUGUGUGGCUGUCUGAGAGCUCUUUGUUUCCCACGAUCCUGCGACUAGAAAGAGAAACCCUGGUGCAUUUUCAUCAUGCGACCCCGCAAGGGUCAGGGAUCCCUUUGCUUUGGGCUGUGUCUCUGGUGGUAUGUACUCAUACCUUUCUUUGAAGGCUGCGCAGGCUGUGCCUCCGAGGAGAGACUCUUUCACGAACUGUUUUCUCAUUAUAACCAGUUCAUCAGGCCGGUGGAAAACGUUUCCGACCCCGUCACGGUGCAUUUUGAAGUGGCCAUCACGCAGCUGGCCGACGUGGAUGAAGUCAACCAGAUCAUGGAAACCAACCUGUGGCUACGUCACAUCUGGAAUGAUUAUAGACUGCGCUGGGACCCAGUGGAAUACGAUGGCAUUGAGACGCUGCGUGUUCCUGCAGAUAAGAUCUGGAAACCUGACAUAGUUCUCUACAACAAUGCUGUUGGCGACUUCCAAGUCGAAGGCAAGACAAAAGCUCUUCUGAAACACGAUGGCAUGAUAACCUGGACUCCACCAGCCAUUUUUAAGAGUUCCUGUCCAAUGGACAUCACUUUUUUCCCUUUUGAUCAUCAAAAUUGUUCCCUGAAAUUUGGUUCCUGGACAUAUGACAAAGCUGAAAUUGAUCUCUUGAUCAUUGGCUCUAAAGUGGACAUGAAUGAUUUCUGGGAGAACAGUGAAUGGGAGAUUGUUGAUGCUUCUGGCUACAAGCAUGACAUAAAAUACAACUGCUGUGAGGAGAUAUACACAGACAUAACCUAUUCUUUUUACAUCAGAAGAUUGCCGAUGUUUUACACCAUCAAUCUGAUCAUCCCCUGUCUCUUUAUUUCAUUCCUAACUGUGUUGGUCUUUUACCUUCCUUCCGACUGUGGUGAAAAGGUGACGCUUUGCAUUUCCGUCCUGCUUUCUCUGACUGUGUUUUUACUGGUGAUCACGGAAACCAUCCCGUCCACGUCCCUCGUGAUUCCCCUGGUGGGCGAGUACCUGCUGUUCACCAUGGUCUUUGUCACCCUGUCCAUCGUGGUGACGGUGUUCGUGUUGAACAUACACUACCGCACUCCCACCACCCACGCCAUGCCCACAUGGGUGAAGACCGUCUUCCUGCGGCUGUUACCCCAGAUCCUGAUGAUGAAGAGGCCUCUGGGCAAGAUGAGGGAGACAAGAUCUGACAAAAACCCCAAAAGCCUCUCUAGGAGGCCCGCCAAAGUCAAGCUUGAUCAUCGCAGGGAGCCCAGACUUCUUGAAGAAUGCAGCCACUGUCAUCAUUCAAGUGAGCUUGCUGCCCCCAAGAGAAGGUUAAGGCAUCAGCCUUCACGAUGGGUGACCGAAAGUUCUGAGCACUCGCCGGAGGUCGAAGACGUGUUUAACAGUGUUCAGUUCAUAGCAGAAAACAUGAAGAACCGAAAUGAAACCAAGGAGGUAGAGGACGACUGGAAAUACGUGGCCAUGGUGGUGGACAGGGUGUUCCUGUGGGUGUUUAUAAUUGUCUGCGUGUUUGGAACCGCGGGGCUGUUUCUACAGCCGCUGCUGGGGAACACAGGAAGUUCGUAAGGAUGGAUUUUCCCUUUAUCCUCAGAAAUGUACAGACCCUGUUUGUUUUGUCGUCCCCACCACAAGGAAAGGGAUGGAAGCUCCCCACCAAGUUCCCAUCGAGAUGGAAAAAGAGGACUUUAUUGCCAAUGAGGAGCCCGAAUGCCCUCCUUUGGGGGCACAGAGGAGUCCUUUAAGAUGUUUUAUGACACUGGAGCCCAGAGCUGGCAGCUCCUAACAGGGUUCUCUUGUCUGCACACAUUGGCUUCCGGGGACACGACGAUUCAAUGGCACCGCAAACCAUGGAAUCAGCAUCAAGCCUCGCGAAGCCUGGGCUCUGUUGUUCCUCCAGUUGACAUGCUUCUCAGAAUAAUGACACCUGCCAACGUGACACUCUGGACCUUGGACUUGCUGAUGUUUGCACCCCUUGUGAACUAGUGCAUGCUUGCUGCCUUGUGCAUGUCUCUGUGAAGUAGGGCACACAUUUCAGCCUGAUCGGAUACAUUAAUUGGUCAAAAGUAGUAACAGGUCAUCGGUCCAUCCAGCAGGCUGUAUUUAAUUAGCAUCCAUCAGGCAAGAGACUUGAGCGGUGACCGACACUGUGCUGGACCUGCCAACGGUAGCAGAAAUAGGUUCCGUCCACGCAUGUGCAGCUUUUUUAGGAGAAAACCAUAAACAAAGUGAUCUCCAGGACUGGGUACCAGGUGGGGAAUGUAACCGGAGCGAUGGAAAUAGAGCGUGAUGUGGUGUGGCAGGACGGACCUGAAGCAGCCUUUGCUACGGGUCCCAAAGGUGUCUCUUCUCAUCCACGGCGUCCAUUUGUUCUUUGUAGCUGAGACUGAAAAGUGUUUCUUCUCUAACACAUUGUCAUCUCAUACCUUUUGAAGCCAUUCUUUUCCCCUGGGGGAGAGCCUUGGGAAU